AUGAUACCUAUUAUCUGUAUUAUUGGCAUCGUUGGAAAUACGCUUGCCGCGGGUGCCUUUCUCAGUGCAUCUUUACGAACGACCUCAUGUUGCUUGUAUCUAGCAGUAAAAUGUUUGUCGGACAUAGGAUUCCUAUCGUCUUUGUUCAUCGUUUGGUUGUACAGGGUUCACGUCCCGAUCUUCAAUACGAACGGCCUUUGUCAACUCUACGUGUUCCUGUCCUACAUAUGCGCCUUUUUAUCAGUAUGGCUAGUUGUGAUCAUAACGUUUGAGAACUUUAUUCGAAUCAGUCAACCGCAAUGGGUUGGUAUAAUAUGCACCCCACGGACGGCUAAAAUUGUCAUCGUCGUGUGCGUUACUAUGUCUCUUAUAUUUUAUAAUUACCCACUUUGGACGGCGGGUAUAGUCAACGUGGAUGGUUCAGCACUGUGUUCUACGCGAGAACAGUUCCAGAACGUGGUUAUGGUAUUGACGUAUGUGGAUACUUUCCUGACCCUCAUUAUUCCUUUCGUGAUCAUGUUGAUCCUGGUACCCCUUAUUACCAUUGCUGCUCUUCAAGCCUACGAGAGAAAAAAACGACUGUUUCGAAAUGCGCGCCGAGAGAGCAAGGGAUCUAGUCCAGAGACACAAGUAACAAAACUUUUAUUUGCUGUGUCUGUUGUGUUUUUGGCCCUCCAUACUCCUGGCCACGCUAUUCGCGUUAAACUGAUGAUCGUGAAAUUUCUUCAGCAUGUUUCGCCUUCGUAUCUUGAUGUGACAUUACAAAGACUUUUUGAAAUAUUUUAUUAUAUGGAUUUUUGUUUAAGUUUGGCUGUAUAUCUGAUUUUUGGUGCUAAUUUUAGAAAAGUCUUUGCUGCUUUGUAUUUCAAAAAAUGUCAGCGACAAAAUGAACUUCGAAGAAUUCAGGCUAACGUCAAUAAUACUGUGUCUAAACAUUUACUGAAAGAAAACGGCCAGUCGGGGGUAGUUGUUUGA